ACAGGGUUCGGCAAACGUCAUGCAAAGCAUUAUCUCCAUUCGAGAAGCCGAUUCAUUCUCGCGACCCAACGGCUUAAUCUCCCCUAAUUCUGCCUACAUAUUCAGUCCUUAUCUCAUUCUCGUUAAUAUAUCGCUUCUUCAGUAUCCUAAUUCUGCCAGUAAAACGAUCUGGCAGUCACAUUCGCUCCUUCUAUAUUUCACAGUAGGGUUGUUGGUAUUUAACCAUAUCCCCUACCAAAUUGGAUCAACGUUAUACUCCCAAAUACCACCUUGCAACUUUUUAGAUACCUCAACCUUAACGCACUGCCCUGCUAGCACGCGCAAAUUUCUUCUGUACCAUGUCUCAAGCAAAGAUCGAAGAACACAAGAAGGCUGUUGCAGUGACUGCAGCCCAGCAAAGUGAUAAUAUAGCGCAUGCAUUAGCUGGCGCCGGUGGUGGAAUCCUCUCCAUGAUCUUGACCUACCCCUUGAUCACACUUUCAACAAGAGCGCAAGUUGAAUCUAAACGUGCUCAGUCAACGACCGCCGAUGCCAUCCGCCGUAUCGUUCAACGGGAAGGGGUUAGUGGACUGUACUCAGGUCUUGAGUCAGCGCUUUUUGGAAUCAGUGUAACCAACUUUGUCUAUUAUUACUGGUAUGAAUGGACCCGCUCGGCCUUCGAGAAGGCUGCUGCAAAGGCUGCUCGAGCCUCAACGAAGCUUACGACCGCCGAAUCCAUGAUUGCUGGGGCCAUCGCCGGAAGUGCAACGGUGCUGAUCACUAACCCCAUCUGGGUCGUGAACACCCGGAUGACAGCGCGAAAAUCCGAGUCAGACGAACCGGCAUUGCCGGGUACUGCCAAAAAGACGAAGGCCUCGACGAUCAGCACUCUCCUGGACCUGCUCCACCAGGAGGGUCCUAAGGCCCUUUUUGCCGGCGUCCUGCCGGCUCUCAUCUUGGUGAUUAACCCCAUCUUACAAUACACUAUCUUUGAGCAGUUAAAGAACGUAGUGGAACGCCGUAGGCGCAUGACGCCGAAAGAUGCGUUCUACCUUGGUGCUCUAGGCAAGAUCUUGGCCACGUCCAUCACAUAUCCCUAUAUAACGGUCAAGAGUCGGAUGCACGUUGCUAGCAAGGACGGCCCGAAGGAAACUUUGAACGGCAGCUUGAAGAGAAUCAUUAAGGAGGAGGGAUAUGUGGGGCUGUAUAAAGGCAUUGGCCCGAAGGUGACACAGAGUGCAAUUACUGCAGCAUUCUUGUUCGCAUUCAAAGAUGUUUUGUAUGACACAAUGGUAGCUAUCCGAAAGAGGAACCGGGUGUCCAAGUAGAGGAUAUGUUAGCUAGCAGCGGGCAGGCAGCAGGCUAACCUAGGGGAAAGUGUGUUUUUGGAACCGGCGAAGAAUGUUUCCAGGCUCUUAAGUGUUUCCGUUUUCACUUUAGGGCAUGGUAUGCCCUUAUAGGGUACUUGGAUAGGCUGCAGACCACUAGUACUGGCUUAUCGAAGGGAAUUGUUAUUUGGACCUCAUGUUAGAUCUAGAUAGAAAAGGUAAGCGAGUUAGAUAAUUAGAAAAACACUCUAGGAAACCUCCGCUAUGUAUAUCUAUUCUAUACAAGAGAACACAGUUUAGACAUUUCAUGCUAUAGACAAUCGCUGUUUCCCAUGUUGUUACAACCCUUUGAGUUCUAACCACGCAAAGGCUGC